UUUUUCUGGUUGCCUGCUCCAGUUCCUCCUGCCACCUUCCUUUGUAAGGGCUGCCAAAAAAAACUUCAGCACUUUUUAACAUCAGCUACAGCCUUGAACUUCACUCUACUGAGGCUGCCCAUUUUGGCUGAGAUCCUGAGGCAAAAUUACAAUUAAAACCAAGACAAAUAAGCAAGAAAAUGUGGGGAAAUGUGGAUCAGCUCAGUUCUUCAGUUUUAUCAGCUACAACCUCUUCUGAUUCAGAGACAUACCUACACAACAGACAAGGAGUAUGUGCCUGUGCAGGUUUAUUCAAAAGCCAUGUCCCUGUCUUGCUUCUUUAACCCCCAUCAUGGCUGUUUAUUACGUGCCAAUGGUCAUGGAGAAGUGUGGACAGAUUGGAACAGCUCUGCCAAGUUCUUCCAGUAUGGCUGGAGGUGCACCACCAACGAAGACUCCUACACCAACAAAACCCUCUUGGGGAACUGGAACGAAGAGCGCUAUGACAUUCGGAAAAUACUGCAGCCCAAGCCUCUCCCUUCCCAGUUUGCUCACUAUUUUGAGUCCACCUACACAUCGGACUACUCCAAGGAUAUGCCCCACAGUACAAGAAGAGUUAUGCGAGAUGUUCACUGGUUCCCUGGACACCAGCCAGAGCUGGAGCCUCCUCCAAUCAAGCCAACUGCCCGGUCAUGCUACAUGAUAGAUUAUGAGCCUCCACAGAAGAAGGGAGCCUGCUGCUUGGUUGACACAAAGCCCAAAGAACAGCAAGGGACUCCGCUAAAGCAGUAGGACUAGAGUAGGGCUCUCUUCCGCUUCAGGACAGCCUGGGUUGCUUGAGAGGCCCUGCCUGUGUGACCCAGUUGCUCCCUCUCUUCCCCACCCACUUAAAAGCUAGGCUGCCAUGCAGCAACUCACAAACCAUGUCUGUGAAUAAAAGAGUCUGCGUCAGAGUGAGAAGGAGAUUCUUCUUACUUCUCGUGGCUUGGUGUGUAUGUGUGUGUACAGUUUUUACUGUACUUUCCCUCUGACGUUUUGUGAAACACCGCCGAAUUUUUGUUUGUGGCUGUUACAUUUGUUUUUCUGUGUAGCCAAAGCUAGAAGAGCCAGUAAAAUUAUUUCCCCCCAACACUGUUUGUGGUUGCUCAGCCGGAGCAGAAGGGAACUCUGCAUGUGCUCAGAACUAUUCUCCCUCUCUUUUUUUUUUACCACAAGUUCGCAUGCUAUAGGGCUGAGCCCUGUCUGAAAUUGACCCUGCCCCGAAGAUUGAGAAAAGAAGCCGCCAGAUGCUUACUCAUCGGUUUAUUUGUUAGUAAACAAGCUCAUUUGCUUAGCACAAAUAAAUAAGAACAGCCAGCCA